CCCAUAUUGCACAAAAAAAUCCGACAUUUUGGUAGUGUGUUUGUUAUUUUAUAUUAUUGUCUGAAUAAUCUAUUCUGAGCUGAGAGUUUAUUACACCUUAGAGUAAUCUUACGAGCCAUGGAUUCUCUGGUAGGCUACGGAAGUGACGAUGAGCACGAAAACGAUCGCUAUGGUGGUCAUCACUCAUCGGGCGCGGGGCGGCGGCGAGAGGACGACACCAACUACGAAGAAGUCAACAUGGACAUGAGCGAGGACUCGCAGCAGGAGUCGGAGCCCGAGCUGCCGCAGGCGGAGCGCCCCAACGACCGCGGCUCCGGUAAGGCCGACAGUCGCGAUCGCGAAAGAUCACGUGGCAGCUCUCGUGACCAUCGUGAUCGUCGGCGCGAGUCCCCUCGGCGUGAUCGCGAACGUGACCGUCGGUCACCCCGGCGUGAUGACAGAUCCAAUAGAUCGGACAGACCGGAGCGCAGCCGCGGCUACGAAGGUUCCCGCCGCGGACUGCUGGGCGACAGACCCGAUGACAGGCCUGACAAGCCGCCGGCGCUCAUGGACCUGAAGUUCGGCGACGGCGCGCCGGCGCCGCGCUCGCUGGACGCCCGCGACGCCGUGUCGCCGAGAUUUGUUGACCGCGACCGUCGCGACAGAGACAGAGGAUCGCGAGAGCGCGAGCGUGACAGAGACAACAGAGAGGGUCGCUACAGAGACCGUCGUGAUGAGGACAGAAGGUCCCGCGAGCCCCGCGAGCGCCACGAGGAGCGCCCGCGGCCGCGCCCCGGGGCCUCCUUCCCUCCACCCCCGCAACAUGUUGCUGGGAGCUCCGGAUACAGCGAGCGUCGCGGCGACGGCGACUACAAGCCUUCUUCAUUCAAGGUCAACAGGAAACUGGAGGUUAUGGAAAAAAUGGGUCUGCAGAUCAAGACCCCGGACGGGUCCAUGGCGACCGCGCAGCAGCUGCGCGCGGCCGCGCACGAGCCCGGCCAGCCCGCGCCGCUGCCCUCCUACUACAACCCGCAGGCGAACAAAAUCCUUGAUCAGGUGGCGAAACGUAAACUGCUUUGGGCACACAAGAAGGAAGAAAAGUCUGAAGCUGAGAAGGCGGCGCCCUGGACCGGUACCCGCUUCGCGGCCGACCAGGACGGCAAGCAGGCCUCCAAGUUCAUGCGGCUCAUGGGCAUCAGAGACCCCGACGCAGUCAAACAAGAGGUCCCAGAGAAGACAGUGGACCCCAUCAAAAAGCAAGAGGAAUUGUUCCAAGCCAUGCAAGCGCAGUACGAGGUCGCGCGCGCCACCACGCACACCAUGCGGGGCGUAGGGCUCGGGUUCCAGCGCGGACAGUACUAGUGCUAGUGCCUCGGGUGAAGGACUGAAUCUAAUGUGAUGAGCGUUUUAGGAUCAUAGGGCUGUUCCACGGUGGGAAUGAACUGCCAAUCUUCCCUCCAAUUCUCAAACUAACACAGCAGUGAAACAGGAGGCCCCAGAGACAGCGAACACCAUCAAAAAGAAUGUUUCAAGCUAUGCAAGCGCAGUACGAGGUAGCGCGAGCCACCACACACACGAUGCGGGGCGUAGGGCUCGGGUUCCAGCGCGGACAGUACUAGUGCCUCGGUUAAGGGAAGGACUCAAUCUAACGCUUGAGGUGAAUGGAAUGAAUGUUUAUUCUGGGGGUCAUAGAUAAAUGAAUGAGUAUUCAUAAUGAUGCAAAAUAUUGUGGCUCCAAAAUUAACCGCUGCGGGUGGCGCUAAUCGCUCUGUGUAUGACUGUGGUGGCGUACUGGUAAAUUUUAGACACAUUAGUCAUCUGACAGUUCACACUGUCGAAUUGUAUGAAGAUGUGGUGCCAUGGACAUUCAUUCGCAUGGUUUUCACGCCAUGCGUUGUAUUGAACGUGAACCCCACCAUGAACUUUGCACAUAGCCGAUAGGGAACCGUGUGUACAUUAUGCUGUGGCUAAUGAAGCUCACAAAUUUGCAACUACAAUAUUUUGCACUACUUUACGCAUCUUCUUUUUGUCUAUGAUUGUGGUGAGUGAAUGUAUAUUUGAACGCUUUGACUGAAAUCGCAGACAAUUUUAUUAAUUGUGCUAAUAGACUAGAAAUGCAAGCAGUUUUUUUUGCUAAUGAAAGUAUCUGGUUUUCUAAAACAGCAGGUGAGUUCAUUCACUGUGAUUUAUAAUUAUAAACUGGAAGCAUGAGAAGAAUGAUAAUCUAAAAUCUAAGUGUCUUCCCUCUAGUCCCAUUUUGAGGUUUGUAAUAUUAUAAUCUAAAAAUCACCCUCACAUACCUAAUAUGAGUAUAUUUUUUCCUGGUUGACAAUUCAAGAGAGCAACUUGAGUUGAGCCAUACAAAUAUUACCAUCAUCAGACAGAUUUUAUAUUAUAGUGAUCUAUAUUGUAUUUAAAAUAUAAUGAUUACCUACAUUUAUAAUUAUAACAUUUGAUAUGAUAACAGAUCAGGCUGACAAUACAAUUUUAAAAUAUAACCUAAUAUUUGUUUUCAUAGCUAUAAUAAACUGGUUUGUGUACUGAACAGGCUUCAAACUGCCCAAAUUCCUAUUCCAUUCUAAAAUUUGUAAAAAUAUUGUCUCAUUAUAUGUAUAUUUUUUAAGAAAUAGGUUUUUGUAAAUAUUACUCAAAAUUUUUGAAUGUAUAAUUUUCUUUAUCAAUACAGAUAUAUAUGGCACUAAUAUUUCUUCUUUGUCUAGACAUUACAAAAGUGCACAUCAAAGUAAAAGUAUGGCAAAGUCUAAAAUAUGUGAAUUUCAGAGGGCUCUGUGGAAGUUGUACAGGUCUGUAUGUAAAAUUAUUGUUUUAAUACAAUUUGUAUAAGUGAUACUGAUAAUAGGCAAUUGAUUAUGAUAUCUUUUGAUCCAUACUAUUGAUCAAUUCUAAUAAAAUGUUAUGUAUGUUUCGUUAAAUACUCGAAAUUAAUUAUCUAAAUACCAAGAGCAUUUUCUACUUCACACUCAGUUGCCCCUUUCUAUCUAGUCUAUUACGAAAUGGACACAAAAAACAUUGACGUAUAUAUCUCAGGACGGGCCUUACGGGCAAUAAGAAUGGGACCAGUACAGCGGUGUGACAUCGCUACAACGCGAUUGGUUGAUGAGUUCGCCUCACGCAUGCGAUUGGUUGAUGAGAUGGCAUCACGCGCGCGAUUGGUCGCAACUAGUUGCGUUAGGCUGCAUGAUUGGCUCGAAUUCGUGAGUGACACCGCUGAACUAGUAUUAUUUUUAGUGCCCGUAAGGCCAGUCCUGAGAUAUAAUAUGUCAAUGCACAAAAAUUAAUAAGGGAAAGAAAUAAAAGUGAGGUGUGUACCGAUGUUUUGUUUUAUAAGGGUGUGUUAAGUUUGCCCGUGUCACGUGCGUGUCACUCUCACUAAAGGACACACGUAUGUCACUUAACCUUUUCGACGCCAUGUCAAACACAAAAGCUGUCACGCGGACGCCACGUCACCGAAGUGUCAAAACUGAAAUUGAACUUUAUGCAUAUGCACGUAGGUCUAUGUUGCUCUGUGGUUUGUGACCGAUUAAUCAGUCUUUGGCGUUGAACCUGCGGUGCGGAUAUAUCGGUCAUUGGCGUCCAAAAGGUUAAAUGAAAGCACAAUGACUUGGUCAUUCCACCAAUAGGUACAUUUGUAUUUGUCAUUGGUUGAACCCCGAACGACUGAGUAUUGUUGUUUUUCGUCAUUCUUUCGAGUUCCAUAUGUAAUAUGUGACGUUCCACGGCAAAAGGUACCUUAUGGUGGCUGGCGCUUACGUCAAAUAGCGCCGCAAUAAUAUUGGAGCGGCGUUAAUAAUAGCGUAAGCGCCAACCGCCAUAAGGUACCUUUACCCGUGGGCCGUCACAUAAACCAGAUUCUGGUCUAUAUGUGACCUAGAAUAAAAGGCACUUUUUUUUUCUGCCUAAAAAAAGUGAGCUGCCUUUCUAGUUUGAUUGGUCCGACUCUAUGGUUUGUUAUGAACCACGUCUGAUAAUCUAUUGAUAAUGCUAGUGUAGAUACUACCUGCUAUUUGUGUGAUAAAUUAUAUUCUAGUGAGAAAUAAUUAUUGUGUGGUCACAGAUCUUCCUGUAAUGCUGAUAGUUUUGUAAUUCCUAGUAGACAUAGGAAACGGUAGUCAUAGUCCAUGCAAUGAUUAUUAUUUUUAAUUUAUAUGUAAGGUAAUAAAUGUUAUUAUUAAUUUA